CUUGAUAUCUAUGUAUACACAGGUAUAUGUGUAUAUGUUAUAUACUUUUCUCCAUUUAUUGAUAUCAAAGAGAGUUGAAGGAAAUGAAUUUUGAAACUUCACGGUGUGCCACCCUACAGUACUGUCCCGACCCUUACAUCCAGCGGUUUGUAGAAACCCCAGCCCAUUUCUCUUGGAAAGAAAGUUAUUACCGAUCCACUAUGUCCCAGAGCACACAGACAAAUGAAUUCCUCAGUCCAGAGGUUUUCCAGCACAUCUGGGAUUUUCUGGAACAACCCAUCUGUUCAGUUCAGCCCAUUGACUUGAACUUUGUGGAUGAACCAUCAGAAAAUGGUGCAACAAACAAGAUUGAGAUUAGCAUGGACUGUAUUCGCAUGCAGGACUCGGACCUGAGUGACCCCAUGUGGCCACAGUACACGAACCUGGGGCUCCUGAACAGCAUGGACCAGCAGAUCCAGAACGGCUCCUCGUCCACUAGCCCCUACAACACAGACCACGCGCAGAACAGCGUCACGGCGCCCUCGCCUUACGCACAGCCCAGCUCCACCUUCGACGCCCUCUCACCGUCACCCGCCAUCCCCUCCAACACCGACUACCCGGGCCCACACAGCUUCGAUGUGUCCUUCCAGCAGUCAAGCACCGCCAAGUCUGCGACAUGGACGUAUUCCACUGAACUGAAGAAGCUGUACUGCCAAAUUGCAAAGACAUGCCCCAUCCAGAUCAAGGUUAUGACUCCACCACCUCAGGGUGCUGUCAUCCGGGCCAUGCCUGUCUACAAGAAGGCCGAGCAUGUCACUGAAGUGGUAAAAAGGUGCCCCAACCAUGAGCUGAGUCGUGAAUUCAACGAGGGACAGAUUGCCCCUCCUAGUCAUUUGAUUCGAGUAGAAGGUAACAGCCAUGCCCAGUACGUAGAAGACCCCAUCACAGGAAGACAAAGUGUGCUGGUACCUUAUGAGCCACCUCAGGUUGGCACUGAAUUCACGACAGUUUUGUACAAUUUCAUGUGUAACAGCAGUUGUGUUGGAGGGAUGAACCGACGUCCAAUUUUAAUCAUUGUUACUCUGGAAACCAGAGAUGGGCAAGUCCUGGGCCGCCGCUGCUUUGAGGCCCGGAUCUGUGCUUGCCCAGGGAGAGACAGGAAGGCAGAUGAAGACAGCAUCAGAAAGCAGCAGGUCUCGGACAGCACAAAGAAUGGUGAUGGUACGAAGCGCCCUUUCCGUCAGAACACACAUGGCAUCCAGAUGACAUCCAUCAAGAAACGAAGAUCCCCAGAUGAUGAACUGUUAUACUUACCAGUAAGGGGCCGUGAGACUUACGAGAUGCUGCUGAAGAUCAAAGAAUCCCUGGAACUCAUGCAGUACCUUCCUCAGCACACGAUUGAAACCUACAGGCAGCAGCAGCAACAGCAGCACCAGCAUUUACUUCAGAAACAGACCUCGAUGCAGUCUCAGUCUUCCUACGGUAACAGCUCCCCACCUCUGAACAAAAUGAACAGCAUGAACAAGCUGCCUUCCGUGAGCCAGCUUAUCAACCCUCAGCAGCGCAACGCCCUCACUCCCACCACCAUUCCUGAUGGCAUGGGAGCCAACAUUCCUAUGAUGGGCACCCACAUGCCAAUGGCUGGAGACAUGAAUGGACUCAGCCCUACCCAAGCCCUCCCUCCCCCACUCUCCAUGCCAUCCACCUCCCACUGCACCCCCCCACCUCCGUACCCCACAGAUUGCAGCCUUGUCAGUUUCUUAGCAAGGUUGGGCUGUUCAUCAUGUCUGGACUAUUUCACGACCCAGGGGCUGACCACCAUCUAUCAGAUUGAGCAUUACUCCAUGGAUGAUUUGGCAAGUCUAAAAAUCCCUGAGCAAUUCCGACAUGCCAUCUGGAAAGGCAUCCUGGACCACCGGCAGCUCCACGACUUCUCCUCCCCUCCCCACCUCCUGCGGACCCCAAGUGGUGCCUCCACAGUCAGCGUAGGCUCCAGUGAGACCCGGGGUGAGCGUGUCAUUGACGCUGUGCGCUUCACCCUCCGCCAGACCAUCUCCUUCCCACCCCGAGAUGAGUGGAAUGAUUUCAACUUUGACAUGGAUGCUCGUCGCAACAAGCAACAACGUAUCAAAGAAGAGGGGGAGUGAGCUGAGCAGUUGUGGUGCCCUCUUCCCAGUUUCCCAUCUGCCUACCCCCUGUUCCCCCACCCCCACAACAAGGCACUCCUGCUUGUCCAGCCAAGCAUUCUCCUUAGCUCCUCUCCUUCCUCUUUUCGGUCUGGUUUCUUAAGGGAAGGAGAAAUAAGAGGCUAUGUUUUACCUAAUGUCUGACCUAGCGCCUGAUUCUGUUUCCUGGCUUUAAGCCUUCAGCUCCCUUGUUUGCAGGACCGAAAUUGUCAUGGCUAUGCAGAAGUGAGCAAAAAAGCAGUGGGUGUCUCCUUAAGCGGCAGAGAGCUCUCAUUGACUUUUAUAAAGCAUUUUCACCCUUAUAGUCUAAGACUAUACAUAUAAAUAUAUAAAUAUACAGUAUGUAUUUUUGGGUGGGGGCAUUGAGUAUUGCUUAAAAUGUAAUUUAAAGGAAAAAAAUGGAGUUGCACUUAUCACCUUUUUUUUUUCUUUCUAAUUUACUUGUUUUGGAUGGCUUAUCUAUAGGCCUUCUCUCAAAGUCAGCCAUGAAUGGUAGUAGGUAUCUAGAUCUUGAUAGUGUAUGUGAGUGACAAUGACAUGUAGGUGCCUUCAGUUCUUUUGAUGCUAAACACAUGUUACAUCCAACCUUUGGUUUGAUCUAUUUGUUAUUAUGUGGGUGAGACUGGAUACCUAUGUACACGAUUCUCUACGUUGGUGUAUUUUAUGUUACUGAUAUCUCUGCUACUGAUGGUGGUUGCCUUUGGGGUGAUAUAGCUCAAUUACAAGAAAAAGUCCAUGUUUACACUAUCACUCACCAGAAGAAAAGAAAUAUCCUCCCUUGCUUUUGGUUGGGAUUGGGGAAUGUGAAUAACGGCCAAAAUCCUUAAAAAGUCAUUGCAGCCAGUUCAGUAGCAACUGACACCAUGUGUCCUGGUAUAUCAGCAAUCUCCUCAUAUUUAAUACCAGACACAACUUAACUCUCAGUAUUUAUUGGCAAAGCAUUAGCUGCCAGUACAAAAGCUUGGAAACUAAAUUUCACAACUAGAUUGAUUAACUCAAUUACAUAUUUGCUACCCUUGUUUAAGGUUAGCAAAUUAAGGUUGAUUUGAUUGGGAUGAAUGCACCUGUCUAGUUCUUGCAAUAAACCUUUAAUAUGUAUUAAGAAUAUCCAGGAAAAACAAGAAUCUUACAGAGAUAUUGCAUCUCUGCUAAACAGUAAGAGAUCUCAGUAAACCAUGAAUUGAAGCACUUGGAAGACUUUUUGAAACAUAAAUAGUAUUAUUUGGUAAAUGUUUCCUCUAGUGACCCUCACAUUCUAUAAAAUUCUGCUUAUAAAGGCUUGUUGAUCUUUCUGUCUUCAGGGUUUAAAAUAGGGGUAUUGAUUUGGAAAAUGUAAAAUUAUGAGAUCAGUUUUAUUGUAGCAUUAGUUGUAUCACUACAUCACUUAUCUUUUUGAAUACUAUUAGUUUUACUUAGAUUGAAAGUCACUGUGAGAACCCAACUUCCCGUCCAUCUCUCUUCUGGACUGUGCACAUGCAUAAAAAUAUCCCAACAGAUCAGAGGGCAAGCUUACCAUUGGAGAUGUUGCUAGACUUGUCUUCAGAUUCAAAAAUAAAAGUGUAAAUGGAGAUAUUCCUGUACAUCUUUUAGAAACAUACUUCAUAGCAGAUACUUUUUUUUUCAAACCACAAAACCAAGUAUUUUGUAUAUAUUGCUAAUGAGCUCUUUUAAAAGCCUGCUGUGCCUUUUGGUAAAGGGCUAUCAUUGCACAUAAGCAUCCAAUUUUAUUUUAAAGUGCAAAAGGGCUAAUGUGGCUCAAAAAUAUAUGAGUUUCACCUGAAAAGUGUAUAUAUAUUUUGUAUGUGAAAUUGCAUACGUUGUGUUUUAUUAUCUUUCUCUUCUUGGGAUAGUGGGUUUUCCAGAACCAUCGUUGAGAUUUUUUUUUAUUAUUAUUAUUGUUUUUGUAUUUUCAUGGAAACACCAUUUAGUGAAACUACAAUGUCAAAUUUAAAAAAAAAUGCCAUUACUGUAAGAUGGGGGGAAGGGAAAGUUGUUUUUUUAUUAUUUUUUUUAAUUUUGUAUGUUAAAGAGAGUGAGUCCUUGAUUUCAAAGUUUUAUUGUGCAUAAAUGAUAAUAAGCACUGCUAAUAUGUGGAACAAGCAUGCAGGUUUGAAAGCCUAUUGAUGGGAAGAAUGAAAGCCAUGCCUUUGCAAUGCUAGAAGGACAAAUGGCUUCCUGGACUGUCCUGAGUGUUUGAAUAAACAUAGGACAUCUGAGCUAUCUCAGCACUAUUCGGGUAGCACUAAGGACUCAAAUUCCUGUACUGUAUGUACAUCAUGGGUUUGGCAUGAGCCAAAGCGAGGCACAACUACUGGCCUCUCACAUCCUGGUUGCAACUUAAUGUUUUUUGAGUGUAUGAGUAAUUAGCAUAAGGGGAGAAAGAAUAUUAAGGACAGACAAGGGGGCAUGGGCUUAAUGGAGUUCUAAUGUGGCCUCAUUACAGUACAUUACAGUUGGCUGAAGAAUGAAUACAUUUUUGUUUGACAUUGAUUAGAAAUGGAAAUGGAAGAUAGAACUUUCUUCAUUAAAUCCAUUUACCUUUUGUUUUCUUGAUAUUCCCCUAAAAUACAGUAUGUGGGGUGUUGAAUGUUUAAGGGUUACAUUUUUUUAUUAUUUUUAUAAUUGUGAAAAUUAAGUCAAUGCCAAAUGUUUUAUAUGCUUUAUUAAUGUUUUUGAAAGUUGUUUUUUUUUUUUCCUUAUAGAUGUGAUGCUUUUUUUUUUUUUUCAAGUUUCAGUUGCUUGUCUUUUGGAAUUUGGGGCAAUGGGCUUUGGAUGACCCAGAGGCAAAUCCACAAGCCACUUAAUGUUUGCCAGGACAUGCAAUAAAAUUAAAAAAUAAAUAAAAUUUGCAUUGAGAAAUGGU